AUGAAUAUUUGGGGUCUGCACAAGCUUGGCAUCUGUCGAUUCAAACACUGCUGGGAAGCUUGGAUUGAUAUCACUGAUAUACUACUUCCUGACGACAAUGAUGGCUGUAAUACUGGGUUAGUUCAUUACGCAUUCAUUUAUCCACCUUUCCAAGGUAUCGUUCUGGUAGUGCUUAUUCAACCUGGCAAGUGGAUGACGACUAAUAUUGAAGAGAUUGUUGGCGAAGUCAACAGAGCUCCUUGUAUCUCUAACGCUAUGGAUACAAUCCUUGAUCUAGUGAGGUUUAUUGCUAAGGUCAAAUGUAUUUACUCGACUUUAGAAGCUCGCUUGGUGUUCACAGAAAUUCCCGAAAAGGUUACGUCAGAUGGAAUGAAUAUACUUGGCCUCGUAAUGUUCAGCGUAGCGCUGGGAAUUACAAUCAGCUGGAUCGGAGAAGAGGGACUUGCACUGAAGGCUUUUUUCAAGAGUCUUGAGGCAGUUAGCAUGAAACUCAUUUCACUCGUUAUCUGGUAUUCUCCCGUCGGCAUCACAUUUCUAAUUGCUGCGCAAAUAGUUUCAAUGAAAAACCCAGGAAAAGAACUCCAGCGAUUGAUGGGUUACAUGAUUACCGUGCUGCUUGGACUUUUUAUCCACGGAUUUGUAUUGUUGCCAAUCUUGAUGAUUACUCUGGCCAGGAGAAAUCCCAUAAAGUACGUCUGCGGCAUGGCUCAAGCACUUCUGACUGCUUUAGCCACCAGUUCAAGCUCGGCCACCUUGCCACUGUCAAUCAAAUGCGUUGAAGAGAACAACGGAGUGGAUUCUCGGGUCGCUCGAUUUGUUCUUCCCCUUGGAGCAACAAUGUAA